AUGCAAUCAAGUUGUAUCCACAACAUUCUUCGUUCAAAAGCUGAAUUGAUUUCAAACUCGAAUUUUUUAAUAAAAUAUAUUUACACUUUUCGAGGAACGCCUAUACAAUUUCAUUCUAGAACGAAAUCAAUAAUACCGUCAUGCGCACGACCUACAGGCUCCCAGAUAUUCCGUCGUCGACUAACGACCAAUAAUGGAUCUCGGACCAACAACCAGUCGACAACCGACUCAAAAGAUAAGCCCAUACUUACCGAGCUCAUAUAUGGGAGAACGCGUAUAUUUACAGCACUGGCCCCCGCCUCAACUCCUCGCCAACCAGUUCAAAGACCUCGCCCCAAGCUUCUUCGUCUCCAUUACUCUGACAAUGGGAACCGCAAAAGUCUAAUUCUGGCGUUCCAGAAUUAUCCAGAGACAGUCCACGAAUGUUACGCUAAAUUUCAUAUAUGGCUUGCUGCAGAAACAUUCAUUGGAUCAUCUACAGGGGUUCUGUGUAGUCAAGCCAUGCUUUCAUCUCUUGGUUUGGGUCAAGCAGAAGCAGCGGCAGGGGCAGUCGCCAUACAGUGGGUUCUUAAGGAUGGCUUUGGAGAAAUAGGGAAACUGUUCUUUAUCAAACGGUUUGCUUACUCGUUUGAUUCGCACCCAAAGACUUGGAGAAUGUUGUCUGGUAAUAUCGGCGAUAUAGUAGCCAAAGACGACGCGCAGAUGUCUUUCGCUCAUCUGUUAGGGUAUGAAUAUUCAAACUUGUACGCGACACUGUCACUCUUGAACGCUGCUCAAUUUGAAAUUCUCAAUCAGGCUAAAUUAAGUCUGAUUGCAAAACAAUAUAUUGACACGGGUGAAGUUCCAACUAUGGAUGAAUUGAAGGAUAGGGAAAUUGGAUUCGGUGAAUGGAUUAAACCGGGAAAGAGUCCCAUUAGUGUCAAAUUGCGUUUGGGAGUGCCAGCAUCGGAAGCUUUUCGCAGGAGCGAGGAUAUACAACGGUCUCUAAGCGUCCUCACGAACGAAAAUUAUCUGUUUAAUUAUCAUCAGAAACGUAAUGUUAUUGAUAUUUUAUACCAUUCGGACGCCGAGUCAAAUGAUAUUAUCAAGUCGGUUUUGCAUGCAUUGAAAUUCUAUGAUUCCCUGGCAGCAAAAGUUCUCGCUAGCAAAGAGAAAAUAGAUGACGAACGAUUUGUUAAACUGGUACAUGAAAGUCAUGGCUGGACCAAUGAAAAUUUCGGGAAAUUUGUAGCUGAUUUGGAUGACAAGGAUUGGCAGAGUGAUGUAGUAUUCUGGAAAGACAGGUAG